UAUUGAGUCGCCGCGAAAGUUUAAAGUUUCGCCACAACUGUGCAGUUGUACUAGGAAAAUGACUAUUGGGGUUAUGGAAGAGCGUAAUCAAGACGCCACAAUAUAUGUUGGUGGAUUGGACGAAAAAGUUAACGAAUCAAUCCUUUGGGAACUUUUUCUUCAGGCGGGACCAGUAGUUAACGUUCACAUGCCUAAAGACCGAAUAAACAUGCAGCAUCAGGGUUACGGAUUUGUAGAGUUUAUGACGGAAGAAGAUGCCGACUAUGCUAUGCGUAUUAUGAACAUGAUUAAAUUGUAUGGGAAGCCUAUUCGCGUAAAUAAAGCAUCAGCGAAUCAGAAAAAUCUUGAUAUAGAUGAAAAGCUACUGUACGAUACUUUCAGUGCAUUUGGUGUUAUACUGCAAACUCCAAAAAUUAUGCGUGACCCUGAAACAGGAAAUUCUAAAGGGUACGCAUUUAUCAAUUUUGCAAGUUUUGAAGCUAGUGAUGCAGCGAUUGAAGCGAUGAACGGACAGUAUCUUUGUAAUCGAGCCAUCACUAUCUCAUAUGCAUUCAAAAAAGACAGUAAAGGUGAACGCCAUGGCUCAGCUGCUGAACGUUUGUUAGCUGCCCAAAGUCCUCUUUCUCAAGCUGAGCGCCCACAUCAGCUGUUUGCAGAUGCUCCACCACCUCCUCCUCCUCCGCCCCCACCCGCUCUGCUUGCAGGGACUAUGGCCCAUUCAGUUCCAACCAUGACAUCUAUCACAAUACCUGCUGGAUCUCUAGUCAUGCCGCCGCCCCCACCUCCGCCAAUUCAAACCGCCUUGGUGGGAUUCGGGCAGUCUAUGGUUCAUGGUGCCAUGCCACCUCCUCCCCCGCCUCCCCCACCACCUGUUCUGCCGAUCCCUGUUGCUUCCGCCGCUCCGACAUCCUUCCCACCUCCGCCGCCGCCUCCUCCGUCUAACUUUUCUGCACCUCCACCACCACCGUUUCAAGGGUUUCCACUCCAAGCCCCAGACCAGCAGUGGCAAACGACAGGAUCUACAGCUCCUGGACCUACACAAGUUGCAUAACAAUAACAGUAUUUCUGAUGUUUCCAGUUUCCUCUAUAAAAUAUAGUGUAAAAUAUUAAGAGUGCUUUUUUUAUAACAUCGAUGACAUAAUCAAAAUGCUUUGUUGAUAGAAACAACUAAGUGAUACUGAAUAAUUCUGCUUUCAAGGAUCUGACUAUCAAAGGUAGAAAUGAGUUGAUCUUUGUAAUAUAGAGAAUUUUGAAAGCGACUAGCAUUUACAUGUAAAUUGUAGUCAAUCCGGCAAAAUAUUUUGACACAGUUAUAUGUUGUUUUAUCUAACUCUAAUUGCGAAGCUUGUUAUCACAUAAUCUUUAUUGUUUUUAAAUCUCACAUUCUUUUGUAAGUACGAUUGGGAAGGUGAUAUUCCAACCAAUUUCUACUUAAAGCUAAUUUCGUAC